UGGGUUGGUUGUUGGUUGUCUUGUUGUCUUUUGGCUUGGGACUUCAAAUAAUUUUUACUAUUUAUCCAAGACAAAAGAGUUAUUUAUAAUUAGUAUAUAAUUUGUGCCGUGUUGUGUAUGUUUUGAUGUCAUAUUAGAUUGUAACAUAGCUUUUAUAAGAGAAUUGACGUAACUGUGAAAAGUUGAAAACAAAAAUGAGUUCUGUACAUAUUCAAACUGCUAUAAAAGUACGGCCUUUUAUAGACAGAGAAAAAAAAGAUAAAUUAGAACCAUCAUGGCUAGUGCAGGACAACAGCAUUGUGCAAAUCGAUAGCUCAAAGAAUUUCAUUGGAGACCCCUAUAGUUUUGAUCACAUAUUCGACGACACUCAAUCAAAUAAACAUGUAUACGAUGCAGUUGUAAAACCCCUGGUUAUGUCCUGUUUUGAAGGAAUAAAUUCUACAAUAUUCGCCUAUGGACAGACAUCGUCAGGCAAGACCCAUACCAUGCUAGGAUCCAAAAAAUUUCCAGGUAUUAUUAGUUUCGCCGUUCAAGACAUCUUUGCCUUUAUAAAUCAAAGUUGUUCAACAAAAUUCCUUUUAAGAUGUUCAUACCUUGAAAUUUAUAACGAAAAAAUCAAUGACCUAUUAGACACAAACGCGACAGACAUCAAAAUUAGGGAAGGCUUGGAAGGAGUAUAUGUUGUGGUCAAGGAAGAAGUUGUCAGAGAACCAGAAGAUCUGUUUAAUUUGAUGAACAAGGGCAUGAAAACACGGAAAAUUGGCUGCACCGACAUGAAUGAACGAUCAAGUAGAUCACAUACCAUAUUCAAGUUGAUAAUCCAAUCACAAGAUUUACAUUCGGAAGGUUCAUAUGUCGAAUCGGCAUUAAAUCUUGUCGAUUUGGCAGGAUCAGAGCGUGUUGGUCAAAUGAAUAUGGAAAGGGAAAGGCAAGUGGAAGGAGUAUCGAUAAACAAAUCUCUAACCACAUUAGGUCUCGUAAUUCGCAAAUUGAGUGAAAACGAUUCAUUUAUAAACUACAGAGAUUCAAAACUGACACGACUUCUGCAACAUUCUUUGGGUGGCAACUCGAAAACUUUAAUCAUUGCCAAUAUUACCACAGCAGCUCUGGAAGAGACUAAGUCCACGCUCGAAUUUGCACAGAGGGCAAAGUAUGUUAAAAAUCAACCCAUAAGAAAUGAAAAGGUAACUGAUAAAGAUCAGUUGAAACAAUAUGAGCAUUUGUGUGAGGACUAUAAGGUCCAAAUAGAAAAAUUAAGAACAGAAAAAUUGGAAAGAGAAAGAACCAUAAACGCUCUAGAAGGAAAAAUAUUCAAUAUUGAACUAUUUUCGACAAAGACUGUUGAAAGAAAAAUCAAACCACCAAAUAGAAGACACACUCUUGCUUUUAGACCUGAGAAGAAACUAUUUCGACCUGAAGAAUCUGAUGAAGUCAAAGACGAAAUUUUUAUAUCGCCUGCAAAAUCUGAAUUAUUUUUUCCUGCUGAAGACAAAGAAAAUAUUUAUUUCCAAGAAGAAUGUUGCUUUAGUCCUCCAUAUAAAUUAGCCAGACCUAGUUUGCCCAGAACACCAGGGACUCCUUAUUCAACUUUAAAACAGGAAAAACAACUUAUAGAAGAAUCUCUAGAAGGACUCAGAAGUUUCACUAAUCACGAAAACCAAUACGGUAAUGAACUAGAUGAUCUUAAAGAGCUCGUGGAUAAAUUACGUCUAGAAAAUUUUGAAUUGAAAGCAAAAUUUAAUAAUAUUAAAACUGAAGACACUCAAGAUGUUUACGAAAAACUGUUGCUUUUAAAGUCAAUAUUGGAAGUAAAACCUUUGCAAGAUACCCGUAGAAAUUCAUUGAAUACAAUUUUUGAAGAAGAACCUGAUUUAUUUGAUGGUGAUAUUGAUUCUUCGAUAACAUCUAGCCCAAUAAAAGCAGACGAUAAUGAAGUAUCUUCAACAAAUCAAAUUUGUGCUGCCAUAAUUGAAGAAAAUAAAGACUUGAAAUGGCAAUUGAGUGAAAAAGAACGCAUCAUAAGAGGCCUGAAAAAUGACUUUCAUUCAGAAAAAUUAAAUAUUGAUGCAGCGUUUUCACAAUUGAAUCAGUUGAAUGAAGAUCUUUUGAAGGAACUUGACAAUAUCAAAGGUGAAAAUGAGAAAUUGAAAACUAAAAUAGCUCAAGACAAGGACAUUAAAGAAUGUGAAUUGGAAAUAUUGAAUGGUAAAAUUAAGAAAUUAACUGAUUAUAAAGAAGAGAUGCAUAAGAAAUUGUCUGAAUAUCAAAAGUCAGAAAAUAGUGAAGAUUCAUUGGAGAUUAAAAAAGAAGAACCUGAAAAGGAAAUUUGCUUAAUCAAAAAUGAAAUAGAUGAAUUGAAAAAAUCUAAUGAGUAUCUUUUGGAAGAGAAUAAGUCUCUGACUGAGCAAAUCAAGCAAUUAAAAUCAGAGUUGGACGAUGCCAUGUUUUCAUUAAGUGGGGAACAGAAAGAAUUAGAAAAAGUCAGUCAAGAAUUGGAAGAAAAAUGUCAAAAUUCCAAAAGUAUGGAAAAAAAGUAUUUCGACCAGUACAAGAAAUUGUCUGAGGAGCUUCUAAAGAAAGAUGAAUUAUUGCAACAUAUGAUUGAAGAUGCAAAACAAAUACAGUUGACUAAAGAGCAAUUUGAGGAGGAAUUGGAGCAGAAAUCACAACGAAUAGCGGCAUUGGAAAAGUUGGUAUUUGAACAGGAACAAUUGGAAACUCAAAAUCAAGAACGUUUGGUGAAACUUGAUGAAUUAUUCAAAAAUAUUUGCAAAAAAGAUGAAACUAUUGAAACUUUGCAGAAGACAGUGUCUGAACAAAAAACACAAAAUGAAGUUGAUCACAGUGAAAGGAGAGAAACUGCUAUACUUUUGGAAAAGUUAGUAUCUGAAAAGAAACAAUUGGAAAUUCAAAAUCAAGAACAUUUGAUGAAGCUUAAAGAAUUAUGUGAGGGUAUUCGUGAAAAGGAGGAAACCAUUGAAACUCUGCAGAAAAAUGUAUCUGAACAGAAAAUACAGAAUGAAGUUGAUCACAAUGAAAGAAGAGAAGCUGUUAUAGUAUUGGAAAAGUUAGUAUCUGAAAAGAAACAAUUGGAAACUCAAAAUCAAGAACAUUUGAUGAAGCUUAAAGAACUAUGUGAAGGUAUUCGUGAAAAGGAGGAAACCAUUGAAACUCUGCAGAAGACAGUAUCCGAAUUGAAAGCUCAAAAUCAAGAAACCAUUAUGUGUAAUAGGAAACAAGACAAAGAAAUUGAAAAUUAUCAGAUGGAAAUGAAAACAGCCAGUAAGCAGUUAGAGACAGCUUCUUUGGAACACAAACAAUUGGAAGAAAAAUCUGAGCAUAUUGCAAUUCUAGAGAAAAAACUGUCUGAAGUGGAGGCUCGAAAUCAAACUACACUACUUGAGAUGAAAGAAACAAUUGAGACUUUGCAGAAGAAAAUAGAAGACAUAAAGCAACACGAAAAACAAGAAAAGAAACUCAAUGAUUUGGAAGCUCAAAAUAAAACUGACCUUCUGAGUAAAGAAGAAACUAUCAAAACCUUAAUAAAAAGAAUAGAAGAUAUGAAGCAGGAUGAAGAAAUUGAAAAGUGCCAGCAGGAAUUGGUUCUAGCAACUGAGAAAUCUGAGAAACUUUCUUUGGAACUUAAGAACCUGUCAGAUUUGGAAUCACAAAAUAAGAUUCAACUCUUAGAAAAAGAAGAAACCAUUCAGAUGUUGCAAAACAAAAUAGAUAUGAAUGAGGAAUGCAAGCAAGAAUUGGUCGCAGCAACUGAAAAAUUUGAGACACUUUCUGCCAAAUUUGAAGAAAAUUGUAAGCAGUUGGAGGAAAAAUCUGAAGAUGUUACAGAACUAGAGAAAAAACUGUUAGAAUUGAAAUCUAAAUAUAAGAUUCAACUUGUAGAGAAAGAUGAAACUAUUAAGACUUUACAAAACAAGUUAGAAGAUAUGACACCGAAUGAAGAAUACAAGCAGAAAUUGACCUUAGCAACUGAGAAAUUUGAGACACUUUCUGCCAAAUUUGAAGAAAACUGUGAGCAGUUGAAGGAGAAAUCUGAAGAUGUUACAGAAUUAGAGAAAAAACUGUUGGAACUGAAGAUUCAACUUGUAGAGAAAGAUGACACUAUUAAGACUUUACAGAACAAGUUAGAAAAUAUGACACCGAAUGAAGAAUACAAGCAGAAAUUGGCUGCAGCAACUGAGAAAUUUGAGACACUUUCUGUCAAAUUUGAAGAAAACUGUAAGCAUUUGAAGGAAACGUCUGAAGAUGUUACAGAAUUAGAGAAAAAACUGUUGGAACUGGAGAUUCAACUCGUAGAGAAAGAUGAAACUAUUAAGACCUUACAAAACAAGUUAGAAGAUAUGACAUCGAAUGAGGAAUAUAAGCAGGAAUUGGCCGCAGCAACUGAGAAAUUUGAGACACUUUCUGCCAAAUUUAAAGAAAAUUGUAAGCAGUUGAAGGAAAAAUCUGAAGAUAUAACAGAGUUAGAGAAAAAACUGUUGAAAAUGAAAUCUAAAUAUAAGAUUCAACUUGCAGAGAAAGAUGAAACUAUUAAGACCUUACAAAACAAGUUAAAAGAUAUGACACUGAAUGUAGAAUACAAGGAAGAAUUAGCCUUAGCAACUGAAAAAUUUGAGAGACUUUCUUCCAAAUUUGAAGAAAACUGUAAGCAGUUGGAGGGAAAAUCUGAAGAAAUUAUAGAGCUAGAGAAAAAACUGUUGAAAUUGGAAUCUAAAUAUAAGAUUCAACUCGUAGAAAAAGAUGAAACUAUUAAGACCUUACAAAACAAGUUAGAGAAUAUGACACCGAAUCAAGAAUACAAGCAAGAAUUGGCCGCUGCAACUGAGAAAUUUGAGACACUUUCUUCCAAACUCCAAGAAAACUGUAAGCAAUUAAAAGAAAAAUCCGAAGAUGUUGAAGAACUUAAAAAGAAUUUGUCUCAAUUAGAAUCUCGAAGUAAAUCUGAACUCCUGGAAAAAGAAGAAACCAUCAAGACUUUACUGAGAAAAAAAGAAGAUAUGGAACAAAACGGUGAAAUUAAGGCAUGCCAACAAGAGUUAGCUUCAACAAUAAAGAAAAUGCAGAAACUUUCUUCCCAACUCCAUGAGAACAAUGAGCAAUUGAAAGAAAAAUCCGAAAAUGUUGCAAAACUAGAAAAGAAUUUGUCUGAAUUAAAAUCACAAACUAAAACUGAACUUUUAAAAAAAGAAGAAACAAUUAAGACUCUGCAAACAAAAAUAGAAGAUAUGAAAUUAGUUGAAGAUCCAAGCAUAAACAAAGAAGUUGACAAUUACAAGCUGGAACUGAAAACAUUGAAAGAACAAUUCGAAAAUCUCUCCAAGGAGCUAAAAGUUAAAAGUGAAAAAAUAGAGGAAAAAUCUCAAUUGAUGGCACAUCUCAAAGCUCAACACACUAAAAAAGUCAACAAUUUACUCACAGAUCUCGGUAAAAAGGAAGACACAAUUGACACUUUACAUAAGAAAAUAGAAAAUAUGCAACAAAACGUGAAUACUAAAGAUAUAAAAUUAUUAAAAAGCCAACUAUUAGAUUACAAAAAUCGACUAAAAGAAAAAACUAAACUAUUUGAACUUGCCUCAUUGGAAUCUGAUAGAUUUGAAAAAAUUGUUCUCGAAAAGAGUGAAAUGGUUGAAAAGCUACAAAAAGAAUUAGAAAAAUAUCAUCUGAACCAAUUGAAACAUUAUGAAAAAACUGAGUCAAAGAAUACAACUCCCUUAUCCAUAGAAAAAGAUAAAACUAAACAAAUUGAAGAGUUGGAGGCACUAAAAACAACGUAUACAGAUAAAUUAGCCCAAUUUGAGAAGAUUACAUACGAAAAUGCCGAUCUAAAAAAACAAUUAUCAAAAUUGAAAGAAAAUUUACUAAACAAAUCUGUGGAAAUUGAAAAAUUAAGCGAACAAAUAAAUAAGUUUUCCCAAAAUGAAACCACUAUCAACUCAUAUCAAAUUUUCGGCAACGAUUCCACCCACCAACUUGACGAAAUCAAACACAUCAAAAAAGAAUUAAACGAAAAAAUCUACGAAAACACAAAAUUACACGAAGACAAAAGGAAACUUCAACACAUGGUACACGAAUUAAACCAAUCCAAAUUCGAAAAGAAACGCCAACUAAAAGAACUCAAAGACAAAUAUAAUUCUUUGGAAUUGCAAAUGGCUAAAGCCAAUAAGGAUUUGUUCGUCAAGGAACAGGAUUUGGCUAAAGAAAAAUCGACCGUCCGUCAAUUGCAAAAUAAACUUAAACCAGAAACAGAAAAACCUCUCAGACAUUCUACUGAGGCCAAGGUGUCUCCAAAGGAACUGAGAAAAAUAAGACGACACUCUCUUUUAGAGCAGAGAAGAGGCAUUGCAACAUUGGAUGAUGAUUCUUCAGAUUCAGAGUGUAUUAACUGUGCCAGUAUUAGAAAAAAAUGUGCUGAAAUGUCAAGAGAAAUUGAUAAACUAAAAGAUGACAAUCAAUACUUGGACAAAGAAAAUGAAGACAUGUUAAAAGAAGUCGAUUUUCUAAAAGAAGAAAGAUUAAAGUUAAUAUUUACACUAGACGAAAAGGAAAUUUUGACUGAAACACUAAAGGAACGCUUAGAAGGUGUACCUAUGCAUAAGAGGGUUGACCAAGAAACACAAGCGACCUGCGAUUAUCACUCAAAAUACAAUAUUCUAUUGAAAACAGCGUUACAUCGUAGGGAGGAAAACAAUUACCUUAGAAAGAAAUUGAAUUUGCCAGAAGAUUGUCCUGUAUUGCCCAAAGAUAUUGAUUUGAUGGCCACCAAUAGACAAUAGCCAUCAAUUUGUAGGCUAUAGAGUUAUUAAUUUAAGGAUUUACGUUUUGUUCAGUAUUUUUGUUUAUCUAUUUGUUUUUACGAGAGAAGUUGAAUCUUGAAAUAUACUACUCAAAACGAAAUAAGGACCACUUUUAAGAGCAGGUUUUCAUUAAAUUUCGAAUAACCCUGGUAAAGUGACUAUUUUCAUUUACAAUAAGUAUAGAUAAACAAAUAAAGUGUGCACAAAAAAUUUAUAUUGUGAAUGGAAAUAAACACUUUACCAGGGUUAUUCAAAAUUCAUUAAAAAUAAAUGGGUUUUCAAAAGUGGUCCUUAUUUCGUUUUGACUAGUUUUUUGGCUAUAUGGAUUUUCGUUUUACACACAAUAAUAAGCGAGGAAUGAGAAAAAAAAAUGUGUGUUGAUAUAAUAAUAUUGAAUACAUAAACAAUAUGUUGUAUAGCAAUUAAGUUGGUCCUAGUGAUGAUGUGAUAUUAGUCCUAUUUUUUUAUAUUGUAUCUACUCAUAUGUAGAAGUAAAAUAAAGCUAUUUUUGAAUUAACAA